AGUCAUUUCAUCAUAUUUCUGUCUAAUUUUGCAACUUUCAUUAGUGCCAUGAUCACUUUGACGCCACCCCAUGGUGCCGGAGAUACCCCAUGGUUAUAGCGUGUGGCCUGCUUUGGGUGAUGAAGUCAAGGGUAUUGAAGAGCUGGUGAUGAAGUUAAGCUGGUGAUGAAGUCAAGGAUAUAGGGAGAUGGAUCUGCUCAACAACAGAGAGUGGAUAGAACAGAGAAGUGUGAUCAAGCCCGGAGACCACAUCUACACCUACAGAGCUGUUUUCACCUACUCCUACCUCGGUCUAUAUGUGUGCGAUCAAACAUGUCUUCAACAUGUUUGCAAAAUUGUUCCUUAUCUGAUUCAUGAUGCUAGCAGGCGAUGCUUCGUACUUCUUAGAUUCUGAAACGCAGGAAGAAUAGCUCAGAGGCCGCCAGUCCCGGAUGGAAUUUUGACAUGUCCAGCUUAAUACCAAUCCAACCCUCGAGAGGAUCUCUUGAUAAACAAGAAGUGGUCUGAGACUGAAUCGGACAAGCUCGGUGAGUCAACAAUGUUUGCUCUUCUCUGUUCAAGACAGGUUCAAUUACUCAAUAGUAGGAGGACCCAACUGGGGGUUUUUCAGCAAAAUGCUUUCUUUAUUCUAAAAUCAUUCACAUCGAUAGCAUUUUUUGAAUCUAAUGAAAAACAACAAGAAGAAAAACAUUCUUUUACGGUGUCUUACCUCGUAAACUCAUGUGGGGUGUCCCCAAAAUCUGCUAUUUUAGCAUCCAAGAGGAUGAACUUUGAGAACACAGAGAGACCAGACUCGGUGCUUAAUUUUCUCAAAGAGAAGGGAUUCUCGCAUACCCAGAUCUCUAAAGUUGUCAGGGCACACCCACGGUUUCUUUUAUCUGAUCCUGAGAAGACCCUUUUGCCCAAGAUUGAGUUUUUCCGUUCUUUGGGGGUUUCGAGCUCUGACCUCCCUGGGAUCCUCUCUUCAAACCCAAUGCUGUUCGGAAGAAGCUUAAAGAAACAACUAAUCCCCUGCUAUGAUUUCCUCAAGAGUGUGCUUCUUGUCAACAAGAAAGUUCUUAAAGUUUUGACGCGCUCACCACGGGCUUUUCAACAUAAUGUGACAAAUAAUAUGGCUCCUAACAUUGCACUUUUGAGACAACUUGGAGUGCCUCAUUCUGCCAUUUCUUUCUUGGUAAGUAAUCAUCCUUGUGAAGCGUUCACUACGCAUACUAGGUUUGUUGAGGCUGUCGACGAGGUUACGGAAAUGGGAUUCGAUCCCUUGAAAACGGUGUUUGUCCAUGCAAUCCAAGUGUUAUUGAAGAUGAGCAAACCGAAGUUGGAGUCAAAGUUGGAGCUCUAUAAGAGGUGGGGUUGGUCAAGGGACAUGGCCCUCUCAGCAUUUAAAAGGAAUCCAAUUUGUAUGCUUUUAUCAGAAGAGAAGAUCACAAAAACUAUGGACUUCCUUGUGAACAAAAUGGGUUGGCUAUCUGCUAAUAUUGCUAUGAAUCCUGUAGUUCUAUCAUUCAGCUUGGAGAAGAGGAUAAUGCCUAGGUUUUCAGUUAUUCAGAUUUUACUUGCCAAGGAUUUAGUCAAGAAUGAUUUGUCUUUGUCGACUAUCUUAACGUCUAAUGAGAGCAGGUUUUUGAAAAAGUUUGUGAUCAAAUUUGAGGAGGAUAUUCCUCAAUUGUUUAAUGUGUAUCAGGAUAAGAAGGAUGGAUCUUCUGGAGGUAGGGAGUCUAUCAGAGAAGAAGGGUCUUCUUGGAUUCUGCUAAAAGCCGUUUGGAGAGUUUCCUAACCAAUCUGGAAUGUUGGGUAUUGGUGAGCUUAUGGUCCCUGAGAAAGCUGAGGGGCUAACCUUGUCUUUCUGGGGUUUGAAAAUGUACCUUAUGGGGACUGAAUUUGCUUUAUAUGAUCUUAUCUGGCAUUAUAAUGAAAGAGCCUAAUGAUGACUGUUGGCGAUUUACAUCUGGUUUGAAUAGAACCCAGUUUGUUGGUGGCUGAGAAUUGUUAAGCUAAAAGAAAUUAUGUUUCCUCCCUACUAACCUUCAGGAGAUUUGACGUAUAUUUGUAAUUGACUAUACAAGAAUUUGUGAUAUGCAAGAAUUGUUAAUCAA